AUGGGGUGCGCGCUCUCCAGUCCGGUGGAGCUGGUUAGAGUGCAGAGGCAUGGCUCCGCCGGCUUCCGCUGCGCGGUGGCCGAGAUGCAGGGCUGGCGCAUCGGCCACGAGGACGCACACGCCGUGCACUGUGACGCCUCUGCCGCGGCGUGCUUCGUCUUCGACGGCCACGGGGGGGACGGAGCGGCACUCUACUGCGCGCCAGCGCUUUUGGAGGAGAUCCGCAAGGCGGACUUCGCGCCGCUUCCCCCCGAUGAGCGCUUGGAGCAGGCCUUCACUUCGGUGGACGAGAAGCUGCUCGGCUUCUUCCAGGAGAAUCCGGAGAAGGCGCGAGCCAAGCGCGCGGGGUUCAGGGGCGUGGUGGGUGCCCUUUGCGCCAAGAACGCGGACAGCUCAUACACGGCGGCAUGGACCGCAUGGAUGGCUUGGGCCGGGUGGGACAAAGCAUUUGAAGGGGGUACAGGGGCCCAUGGCGAAUGA